AUGGCUUCAAGGCUGGUCGAGGAUAAAAUUGGAAAAUUUCGAUUGCAGGAGAAUUCGGCGAGUGCGCCUGUCCUACUGUUUCUUCCAGGUGGCCCGGGGCUGAGUAUGGCGAUGGGUUUGCUAAUGGAGCACGGUCCAUUCUCGGUGGCAUUGAACGGUAGUCUUGAGACGCGAAUCGCUUCCUGGAACAAGAAGCACAACGUGAUUUACAUCGACAGUCCGGUGGGGACGGGUUGGAGUUUCACGGAUUCGGAGGAGGCUUACGCGAGGUCCCAGCCCCAAAUCGGCGACGAGUUGCUCCAAGCGAUGUUGCAAUUUUUUCAGUUGUUCCCAGCGCUUCGGGGAAACGAUUUCUUCGUGACCGGUGAAUCAUACGCCGGUAAAUUUGUUCCGGUGCUUUCCUCUGCGAUCCACGUGCACAACGUUGAUGCGAGCGAGGACAAGAAGAUCAAUUUAAAGGGAAUGGUGAUCGCGAACGGUUUCACGGACCCCUUGAACCAGCUCGUCUACGGCGAAUUCCUCUACGCCCUCGGACUCGUCGACGCCAACGGUAGAGACGAGUUCCUCGCCCUGGAGCAACAAACCCGAGAUUUAAUCCUCCAGGACCAACACGCCGCGGCCGACGUACGUCGCGCCCUCCACGUCGGCAACAAUAACUUUACGUUCGUGUCCCACCAAGUCAGGCAGUACCUCGAAGACGACCUUACGCGUUCUCAGGUCCACUUGGUCGCUUCCCUCCUCCAGGACUAUCGAGUCCUCAUUUAUACCGGGAACCUCGACGUUGUUUGCAGUUCCGUCUCGGUCCAAAAUUACCUCGGGAAUUUGAGCUGGUCCGGUGCCCAGGAAUUCAGAACUGUUCGGAGACAGCACUGGCGAACCAGCGAUGGGGAACUCGCCGGCUACGUCAAAAAAUUCGGCAACCUCGUCGAAGUCACCGUCAGAAAUGCCGGACAUUUUCCCUCUCUCGACCAACCGGAAAGGAUUCUCGAACUCUUGGAGAAAUUCACCGGGGAAUCGCUCUGA